ACAUUGCAAAUUAAAUUCUCUCUUCAAUUCAUUCUUAUUCCACUAAUAAGAAAGAAAUGGAAGCUCUCAAGAACUUUGGAAAAUGCCCCAUUAUUUUCCUAGCUGUUUUUGCUCUCUUAGCUUCAACAUUAUUGUCCUUGGCAAAUGCUAAAGUUCAUGAGCAUGAGUUUGUCAUUCAAGCAACUCCAGUGAAGAGGCUGUGCAAUACUCACAGCGCUAUUACAGUGAAUGGGCAAUUACCUGGACCAACCUUGGAAGUCAACAAUGGAGACACUCUCAUUGUUAAAGUCAUUAACAAAGCUCGUUACAAUGUCACCAUUCACUGGCAUGGUGUUAGACAAAUCAGAACAGGGUGGUCAGAUGGACCAGAAUUUGUGACACAAUGUCCAAUUCGUCCCGGAGACAGUUACACUUACAGGUUCACCAUUCAAGGACAAGAAGGCACACUUUGGUGGCAUGCUCAUAGUUCAUGGCUAAGGGCCACCGUCUAUGGCGCUUUGAUCAUUCGUCCUAGGGAAGGACAAGGAUACCCUUUCCCAAAGCCCAAGCGCGAGACACCUAUUAUUCUAGCGGAAUGGUGGGACGCAAACCCAAUCGAUGUUUUGAGACAGGCCCAACAAACAGGGGCAGCACCAAACAUAUCUGAUGCAUACACCAUCAAUGGUCAACCUGGUGAUCUUUACAAAUGCUCUACCAAAGAAACCACAAUUGUUCCAAUAGAUUCCGGCGAGACAAACCUCCUCCGCGUGAUUAACGCCGGACUGAACCAACCGCUGUUCUUCUCCGUGGCGAAUCACAAGCUUAUAGUGGUGGGUGCAGACGCAUCGUACCUGAAACCCUUCACCACUUCAGUUAUAAUGCUGGGUCCAGGUCAAACCACGGACGUUCUAAUAACCGGAGACCAACCCCCUUCUCGCUACUACAUGGCCGCACGCGCUUAUCAAUCUGCACAAAAUGCACCGUUCGACAACACCACCACAACCGCAAUCCUCGACUACAAAUCUGCACCGUGCCCCGCCAAAGGAACACUUGCUCCGAAACCCCUCAUGCCUCUUCUCCCUGCAUACAACGACACCAACACCGUAACCGCUUUCAGCAGAAGCUUCAGAAGCCCAAGAAGAGUGGAUGCUCCCGCCGAGAUCGACGAGAAUCUCUUCUUCACCAUCGGUCUUGGCCUCAACAAUUGCCCUCCCAACUUCAGCAAGAAUCAGUGUCAGGGACCGAACGGAACAAGAUUCACUGCCAGCAUGAACAACGUAUCCUUCGUUCUUCCCAACAGCAUCUCGAUCCUUCAAGCUCACCAUCUCGGUGUUCCUGGCGUGUUCACCACUGAUUUUCCGGUGCAGCCUCCGGUGAAGUUUGAUUACACCGGGAAUGUGAGUCGUUCGUUGUGGCAGCCUGUUGCGGGGACUAAGGUGGCCAAGAUAAGGUACGGUUCGAGGGUGCAGAUUGUGUUGCAGGAUACUAGCAUUGUUACCCCUGAGAAUCAUCCUAUUCAUCUUCAUGGAUAUGAUUUCUACAUUGUUGCUGAAGGGUUUGGGAACUUUGAUCCUAAGAAAGAUUCUUCUAAGUUUAAUCUUGUUGAUCCUCCUAUGAGGAACACUGUCGCCGUGCCUGUUAAUGGUUGGGCAGUUAUCAGAUUUGUUGCUGACAAUCCAGGUGCUUGGAUUAUGCACUGUCAUUUGGAUGUUCACAUUGGAUGGGGUUUGGCCACGGUGCUCUUGGUGGAUAACGGCGAAGGCUUAUUGGAAUCCAUAGAGCCACCACCGGAGGACUUGCCUCUAUGCUAGGAGAUUUAAUUUCAUUAUCAAAUUCAUCUGUCCAAUUAUCAGGGUUUUGUUAUUUUCUCUUUUAUAUAUAUAGUUUUGGAAGUUCAUUAUUAUUGUUGUUUCCCCUGCAUUAGGGGACCUUUUUCUUUUCUUUUUUUUUAAUUUUUGUUAAUUGUUCUUUUAAUGUAGAGAUAAAUCGGGUCAAUUAGCUAGGAGAUGGUGAUAUGUAGUUUCAUCACAAUGUCAUCUGAUCCAGUCACAAACCCGACUGGUUAUUAAAUUGAUUUUAGAAAAUGUAUUUUUUUCCUUGGUA